GUACCGGCACCGGCACGGUUCCAACUUCAAUCAUUGGUUUCCUCUACGGAAUUAGAAUCAGAUAGGUAGAAGAAAAAUGGUGGCGACGGUGCAGGUGUUCGGAGGCCUAACGGUUCAUGAUCGGCAGAUUUUGGCGGCUGUCAACACCGCUGCCUCCAGCCUAUCAUUCGUCGGGUCUGGGUUUAUAGUGCUCUGCUACUGUCUCUUCAAGGAACUUCGCAAGUUCUCCUUCAAGCUCGUCUUCUUCCUCGCCCUCUCCGACAUGCUCUUCAGUUUCUUUAACAUGGUGGGGGAUCCAUCCAAAGGCUUCUUUUGUUAUGCCCAAGGGUAUACCACACAUUUCUUCUGUGUUGCUUCUUUCUUGUGGACUACAACAAUAGCUUUUACCCUUCAUCGAACUGUUGUUGAACACAAGACAGAUGUUGAAGAUUUGGAGGCUUUGUUUCACUUGUAUGUUUGGGGAACUUCACUUGUUAUGACUAUCAUACGUUCAAUUGGUAAUCACCAUUCACAUGUUGGUGCAUUGUGUUGGGCACAAAGUGGUCGUACUGGAAAGGCAAUUCACUUUAUAACAUUUUAUGUGCCACUCUGGGGUGCAAUUCUUUACAAUGGUUUCACAUACUUUCAAGUGAUUCGCAUGUUGAACAAUGCCAGACGUAUGGCGGUUGGAAUUUCAGGCCGUUCAUAUGAAUUUGAUGCAAGGGCAGACAUGAAGGCUUUGAACCGGUGGGGUUACUACCCACUUAUUCUUAUAGGAUCCUGGGCCUUUGGCACAAUCAAUCGUAUUCAUGAUUUUAUUGAGCCAGGUCAUAAAAUCUUUUGGCUAACGCUGCUUGACGUCGGAACAGCUGCCCUUAUGGUAAUUUACAUUGAAGUGGAUGUCUUCUCUUGUAAUUGUUUUUCCUUCCAUUGAAGUUCUAUCUUCCAAUUUUCAAAGUUCAAAUACACAGAAUCUGUGCCUCUGUUAUUCUGUCUAAUGUAGUGCAAAGAUCAUGGCUUUUCUUUAUGGGGCAGUUUCUGUUCUUUUGGGAGCCUAAGUAAAACAAGUUAUCUUUAUGCUUUAGUAGAUGCUCAGAGAAAAAAAAAUUGUAGGUCUGUUGUAGGUUUUUUAAGGAGGAGGGAUUAGGGGUUUCCCAUUUCUGCCCCUUGCAUACACCCAUAUGCCUAAUACAUGGUUUGGUAAGCUGGUAAGUAGGUCAAUACUUUUCCCUAGAAAAGAAGGCAGGCCAAUACUUGAUAUAAACUUUGAUGAUGUAAUCCUUAAGGAUAAGAAGAGAAGUUAUCUUCUACUAGUUCCGUAAAUGGGAUUGGUUCAGUCAUUGUUAAAAUCAUGACAUGCAGGUUCAUGGAUAUUUUGCCUCAGGAACUGAUUUUGUUAUCACUGUUAUUUUCUUGUAGGGCCUUUUCAAUUCAAUCGCAUAUGGGUUGAACUCUUCAGUGCGGCGGGCAACUUACGAAAGACUGGAACUGUUUUUGCCCGAGAGACUUCGAAGAUGGUUCCCUAACAGUUCAAGGUACAGAAACCAAGAACAAGAGAAUGAACUGGUCUCUCUGAAAAUUCAAGAUCAACAAUAGCAGCAACCAGGACAUUGUCUCUUCUUCCAUCAGAAGACUUAGCUCUUUGCAAUUUUUUGUUUCAAUUUUUUCAUUAAAAUGUAGAGGAUUUGAAGUUCAAAACGAAGAGAGCGGCUGCUCCUACCACUCUGAUCAAGGCCACAGCAAAUCAAAUUUCACAAGAUUGCCUUGCUAUGUAAGUAGCUCUCCUGGAAUCAGAAUCUGGAAUAGUGAUUUCAGCAGUAGCAGAAGAUGAUUGUGUACAUCAUAGAUCUAGGUUCAUUUGCU